UACUUACCAGACGAGUGCUAUUCGGCGACGGUGCAACUAACCAUGGGAAGAAACCUGCUCACCGCCCUCAGCCUGCUGCUGGCCCUGGGGCUAACAGAUGGUGCUUUUCGGCAGUUUGAUUGUACUAGGCCUGGCAGCGAAUGUAGAAAUGGAGGUACCUGUGACGCACUAACUGGGGAGUGCACCUGUAACAACAUAUACCAGGGAUACGACUGUGGGUUGGGCACAAGUCUGAUUCGACCAACUUGCACAAUAACUUGUCAAAAUGGUGGUACCUGCUACGUGAAUCCCUUUAAUGAAGAGUGCUAUUGCACGCCGGAUUUCUGGGGGACUACAUGCGAAAAACCACGACAGGUCAUGGAAGCGUGCGGCCCGGGACCAAAUGGGAUAGUGAUUUCUAUCAAGCCGACCGGAACAUUUUCUGGUGUCAUAUACAUUUCGGGAGAAUAUGGCAACCCUGGCUGUCAGUUCCAAUACGACGCUCCUAACGAUGACUAUCGCAUAACGUUGACGGAUGGUGACUGUCCAGCUGGGAACACGAGGGAAACAAAUGUUCCCACGCUGGGUGUAGUUUCCUCAUACACUGUGAUUGUCCAGUAUAACCCUGCGAUGGUGAACAGCAGGGAUGGCAGACACGUUUUCAGCUGUGUGCCAAACAGUCUUAGUACAAUACUGACUCUUCCGAGCAUCGAGACCGGGUGA